AUGGCGGUGACCACCAUGAUGCUCCAGGCCUUUGGCCUCGUACUUCUUGCUACGUCCAUCUACACCGUCUCCUACGUCGUCUACAACAUCUUCUUCCACCCGCUCCGCCAUUUUCCCGGACCCCUCCUGAUGCGCGCAACCCGCGCCGCGUACUGCUACAGACUCGUCCGCGGCACAAUCUCCUUCGACAUGCUCGACCUCCACCGCCGCUACGGCCCCGUCGUACGCGUCGCGCCGGACGAGCUGGCGUUCUCGGACGCGGACGCGUGGAAGGUGAUCUUCGGCCACAAGGUCGGGGCCAACGCGGGGGGCGGCGUCGCCGGCACGUUUGAGAAGUCGGACACGUUCUACCGGCCGAUCCCGGGCUUGCCCCGGGACAUCAUCACGGCGCUGGGCCCGCAGCACGCUGCGCUGCGGCGGCAGAUGGCGCAUGGCUUCAGCGACCGCGCGCUGAGGGAACAGCAGCCUGUUAUCAUGAAGUAUGUGGACCUCUUUAUACAGCGGCUCAAGGAGCAGGCGGCGAGACAGUCGGCGGCUUCUAUACGUGAAGCUACGCCGUUUGCGAGGAAGGAAGAGCAGGAGGAGCCGGUGAAUUUGACGCUGUGGUAUAACUACUGCACGUUCGACAUCAUCGGCGACCUAGCGUUCGGAGAGCCGUUUGGGUGUCUGGACAAUUCGGACUAUCACCCGUGGGUGCGGACCGUGUUCCAGAUGGUGCGGGUGGGCGUGGCGUUCCAGACGGCGAACCACUACUCGUGGCUGCGGCGUAUUAUCACGGCGGCGCUGUCGACGGAGGCGAUGCACCGGCGGAGAGAGGAGCAGCGGGAGAUGACGAUGCAGAAGGUACUGAGGCGGAUCGAGCUGGGCAAGAGCGGGCCGAGGUCGGACUUGGUGGAGGGUUUAUUGAAGAAGAAGGAUGAGUGGAACAUGUCGCUAGACGAGCUCGAGGCGAACAGCAGCAUCCUCAUCAUCGCCGGCUCCGAGACCACGGCAACGGUCUUGGCCGGGGUCACGUACCUGCUGCUCAAGAACCCGGACAAGAUGGCGAAGCUGGUGGAGGAGGUGCGGACGAUGUUUGCGUCCGAGGAGGAGAUUGAUCUCACGUCGGUGAACAGGUUGACAUACAUGCUGGCUUGCCUGGACGAGGCGCUGCGCAUGUAUCCGCCAGUCCCCACGGGGCUGCCUAGAGAAGUGCCCAAAGGCGGGGCGACGAUUUGCGGGCAAUUUAUCCCCGAGAAUACCAUCGUUGCGAUUCACCAAUGGGCCACGUACCACGACGAGAGAAACUUCAAGAACCCGUUCAAAUUCCAUCCAGAGCGCUUCUUGGGAGAUCCGGAGUAUGCGACGGACAAGAGGGAGGCGUUGCAGCCGUUCCAUCUGGGGCCUCGGAAUUGCCUUGGACGAAACUUGGCCUAUGUCGAGAUGAGAAUCAUGCUGGCGAGGAUGAUUUGGAACUUUGACUUGGUGCUCGCCGACGACAGCCAGGAUUGGAUGGAGAGGCAGAUGAUCUAUGUGUUGUGGGCCAAGGGCGCGCUCAACGUGUACCUGAAGCCUGUUGUGAGAAAUUGA